UGUAACGUAUUUAGUUCGGCUAUUUAGCAUGUCAUCUGCUCUUCCAAGUGUUGAAACACUCGAAUUGUUUUGUCUUUGGUUGUAUGCUUUGAUUUAUGAGUUUGUGGGUUUAUGGUCUUGUCCAUUUCUAGGGUUUUCUUUAAUCUGCAAUUCCUAUUUGACUUCGACGUUGUUUUUUUUUAAUUCCGUUUCCCGAUUGUUUGCAAUUUCAUGCGCCUAUUGGAAUUAAUGGGAUUUGCAAGUAAUACUUUCCCGUAUCGUGUUUUGGAAUACAGGUUCAUGGUUUUCAUUUUACUCUGAAUAUUGGGUGAUUUUUGAGGAUUAAGUGGAGGAAGAAGGAUUUCUGAUAGUUUCAGUUAACUAUCUGGAAUAUUAUAAACGGGCUUUAGAUUUAUGUAUAAUGUGCUUUCUUGUGGUAAUUUUUGAUACUUUAUGCAUGUGUCCGUUUCUGCCAACCUGGUAAUGCAGGUUUGCUGUAUAUUUGAGACGUGACCCCAAAAGUUUUAUCUGGGCAUUCACCUUGAAUGCCACUAAUUUUCUGUUUUGGAGGGAAAUGACAAUCUGCUUUCUUGUUCAAUUUUUGGCACUUUGAAGAAUAACACUUAUUUUGAUCUUAGUUUACCACCUAAAAUGAUUACUAGAUCAACCAAAUAUAAGCAAACGGGGGUCAGUCUUUGAAUGUAAUGUGGGGAGUGGGAACAGAAAUUUAUUCUUUUCUCGCCCAACAUCCUGCUCAUAUGCAAUCCCAGUGGACGGUGAUAAGAGAUGGAAAUAAUGUAUGCAAAAGAGUAGAGCUGGGGAUGAUAUGAAUAUCUCUUCUAUUUUCAGAAACUAGCUUGGAAUGUCUUAGAUGUCGCACAGAUUGCAUUUUUCGGAUCACUGUUGGGCUGCCAGGUAGCUCCUAUUGGGAUUAUGGUUGCUUGAUCAGUCAUGUUCAGAAGCAGCUUUUAGGUCUCAUGAUGUUAAUACUAAAUGACUGCGUUGAAUUCCAAUGUUCUCCUCAUAUUAGAAUUUAACUACUCAGGAUAUGGUUUGAGCAAGAGCAUUUUCAGUUCUACCUUUCUUGUGUGCUUGGGAAGCUUCGGUGCUUGAUCUGCUAUACCUUUAUAUUAGCAAUGGACUGCAACAAAGAUGAGGCCAUCCGGGCCAAGCAAAUCGCCGAGAAUAAGAUGGAAAAUAAUGACUUUGAAGGGGCUCGAAAGGUUGCACUGAAAGCACAGAGUCUUUACCCUGAACUUGAGAAUAUUGCCCAGCUGCUAAGCAUCUGUGAUGUUCACUGUUCAGCUCAAAAGAGAAUGUUGGGAUCAGAAAAGGACUGGUAUGCAAUCCUUCAAGUUGAAAGUUUGGCUGAUGAGUUGACCAUCAAGAAACAAUACCGACGGCUUGCUCUUUUUCUGCAUCCUGAUAAGAACCGAUUUCCUGGUGCAGAGGCCGCAUUUAAGCUGAUUUGUGAAGCAAAUGCAGUGCUUUCAGACCCCACAAAGAAAUCUCUAUAUGACAGUAAGAUUAGAGUUACGGUUAGAUCUGCUUUUGUAAAUCCUCCACCCCAUCACAUGAAUAGAAAUUCUCAACUUUACAAGCAAUAUGGAGCUCAGAACACUGUUCCUGUUGGUCUUAGCAGUCUGAACCAACGUCAAGCAACUCAGCCCAGCAUAUCUGUCAGGCAGGAAGUGUUUUGGACAAGCUGCCCAUUUUGCAGUAUAAAAUACCAGUACCCUAGAAAAUUGGUGAAUACAACUCUCCGCUGCCUGAAAUGCUUAAAGAAUUUCACGGCUUAUGAAAUAAGUGCUCAAGGUGUUGCCUCGGGCUCCAAUUGGGCUCCACAUGCUCAACAAGUGCCUGCAAAACCCGGUGUGAGUCAAUCUGCUGCUUUUCAACGGGUACCAACUCAGGGUAAUUUUACAACCGGUGUUCAAAAUGUCAAGGGAUCUUCAGCAUCAUAUGUAGGAUCUCAGCAGAAUGCCAACAGGAGAACUGGUCACCCGGAACCAGGUGCUCGGACGGGUAGUGUUUGCAGAGGUGUACGGUUAGAAAGUGGUACCAACAUCAGUCAGCAUUUGAAAGCAAAAGGAUCAGAUGGCUGCAAUGUCAAUUCUUGGCAGGGUGGGAAGGAAGGUCGAGCAUGCAAUGGUGAUGCAAAUAAUAGAGGAACAGGGAACCUAAAAAAUAAGAGCAGGAGAAGGGGCAGGAAGCUUGUAGUGGAAUCUAGUGACAGUUGUGACAGCACAAGUGAAUCUGAUCUAGAAGAUGUGACCAUUAAGGAUAAUUUCUGCAACCCGGCAACUGAUGUGAAUUCUGGAGCGAGUCGUGUCCAUUUGCGGAGAUCAUCUCGGAAAAGGCAACAUGUAUCCUACAAUGAAGGUGAUGAUGAUGAUGACCUUCCAGGUCCUCUCAAGAGACCGCAAGCAAACAAAUCAUCAGAAGAUAAUGGAAAUGAGAGGAUGACUGUGGAAAGUAAAGAAAUGGGAACUGUUAAACCUGAAGAAAGUUUGCAAGACAAGGAUGGUUACUGUGACAAAGAAGUGAAGGCAAGAGGAAAAGGCGGUGGUAUGUCGGGAAUUCAUGCUGAUACAAUUGAAAUCAAAAGUGACUCUGAUCGAGAUUCAUAUUCUAGUACUAAUUUAGGUAAGGACAUUUGUGACUGUGGAGACCCAGAAUUUAGUGAUUUUGACAAAAAUCGAAAUGAAAGCUGUUUUGCUGUAAAUCAAUUCUGGGCUUGUUAUGAUUCAGUUGAUGGCAUGCCAAGAUUCUAUGCUAAGGUGAGGAAGGUUUGUGCUUCUCCAUUUGAAUUGAGCAUCACAUGGUUGGAACCUGAUCCUAUGGAUGAAGCUUAUGAGAAAUGGAUAAAUGGUGUGUUACCUGUUGGUUCCGGCAGUUUUAAGCUUGGCAAAACUGAAAAAACAUCACUUCUUCUUACGUUCUCUCAUCAAGUGAACUUUGGGAAAGGCAAGAAGAGAGGUUCUUUUAGCAUAUACCCCAGAAAGGGGGAAAUUUGGGCUCUUUUCAAGGAUUGGGAUUUGAGCUGGAGCACCAACCCAGAAAAUCAUAAAGAGUAUAAAUAUGAGCUCGUGGAGGUGCUCUCAGAUUUUGUUGCAGUUUCUGGCAUAAGAGUUUGUUACUUGGAUAAAGUGAGAGGAUUUCUGAGCCUUUUCCAGAGAAGUCGGCACACUGAGACUGACUGUUUUCUUAUAGGCUCCAGUGAACUAUUGAAGUUCUCCCACCGUAUUCCCUGUUUCAAAAUGACAGGCGCUGAAAGAGAGGGAGUGCCUGUGGGUUCCUUUGAACUCGAUCCUGCUUCCCUACCUCUGAAUCCUGAUGACUUGUAUUACCCUGGCAAACAAAAGAUGGAAACCAAGAAAAACAUGGACCCUAAAGUUGAUCGUCCACCACCCAAGUCGGCUAUAAAGAAGGGUAACUUUGUGAAAUAUGAGAGCAGUAGUAGUGCUCCAAAAGAGUUUGUAGAUUUGGAGGGGACUGAUAGGUAGAUGUCUAAUCUCUGGAGAUUCCCAGAGGACUAAAGUGUAUCAGGCAAGACACAAGUUGAAGUAGUUUUUGUCGUUGUAAUGUAUAAAUAUAAAUAUUAGAAAGACAGGAACAGGGUGUGUGACCUGUCCAUGAAAACCAGAAUACUUUGUCUUAUAAAGCUGUUAAACAUUUGUAACUUAGCUAUGAAA